AAAAGUCUUUCACGCUUUGCGCAAUAUUUCUAGCGUAGGUUUUGUGAAUGACUAUAGCACGAUUUAAAUUUCACGCGCUCAAAGCUCAAACACCAUCGCGUCCAUGGCAACAAGAAAACACUCGCAUGUUUCACUGAGACUGAAGAAGCGACGAAAACUUAAAUGCCUCCGAAAAAGAAGGGAAAGAAUGGCGAUGAUAAAUCAAAACAAAAGGAAAACAUGGCGUCUGAGAAGAAAAACCCUGAAGAAGUAACAGAAGGUGACAAAAGGUUUUAUCAAGCUCAAAUACGAGAUUUGGAAGAGCGACUGGAAAGAUACCAGCUUAAAUGUGACAAACUGGAGGUUCAAGAGAAGGACUUGUGCUUGAAGAUGAAUAAUUCGGAGAAAGAGAAGAAAGACAUCGUGCUCUAUCUCAAACACAGACUGCGUAAAAAAGAGGAUGAAGUCGCUGAUCUGGCAGAGGCGCUGUCGAAACAUCAGCAGGUUCAAGAAACUGAACGCAACUCAUUUGAGCUUCAGCUGAACCGGCUUAGACUUGAACUUCAGGAAAAUAAGGACAAGUUCACAUUGGAGAAUAUGGCCCUUGCUAGUAAACUGCCGUCUUUGGAAGAAUUUUCUGCACAGAAGGAGAAGCUCAUGGCUGAACGCAAGGCUUUGGAAGAGCAACUUCAAAAGCAAAAAGAGGAACACCAGGAAGAAAUCUAUCGUCUGGAGAAACACGCUGUGCUAGAUAAGGACAGGCUAAAGCAAGAAACGCUACAACAUUUAGUUGAUGCAGCAGAAGAAUUCCGGCGGGUGUCGGAUCAGAAGAUGCCGGAGACGACGAUGAGAGCAAUGCAGGAGAAUCUGUCUGUGGCAGCUCAUCUCAAACAUCUCUCUGACCAGAUCGAAGAACUGUUGAAGGAAAAUAAUGCUCUGAGAGCCAAAGGAAAGCAACUUAAAAUAGAAAACAAAACCAUGGAACCUCUACUGAAUGAGAUAACCAGGAAGAAUGUGGCAAAUCAAAAGGUGAUCCAGCAGCUGACAGAAAAGUGCAAGCAAAUGCAAACCGAACUGGAAAAAUACGUCAAACUUCAAAUGAAGCACCAAAAGCUUCUGGAAAAUCAUUCGACGGUAUGCACAGAGCUUGAUGUUCUCAGACAGAAUCAUGUAGCAGUUACGGAGAUGCUUCAACAAACUAAAGCUGAAGUGGAGAGCCAGAGAAAAGAUCUUGAGGAGGAGAGAAGACUUGGAGGACAGCUGAAGACGGUUCUUCGGAAAGCAGCCAUAGCUUUAAAAGAGGCCCUAAGGGAGGUCCCUGAAAAGGACGACUCUGAGGUUUCGGUCAUUGUCAGACGUCAUCAGAUGAUGCAGAGUCUCCUGGCCGUUCUGGAAACGGCUGCAGCUGUUGGGGAAGGUCCAGCUCUUGUUGAAUUCAUUCCAGCGAUGGGAUCUACAAAAUCGCCAAACAUCGAAAGAUCGAGUGAAUUUCUUAUGCAGAAAUCCACCAAUCAGCUUUCUCACUACAAAACUGGAGAUCUGGGUUUGGUCCCUCGCAAAACACAAAUCACCUCAUCUAAGAUGGGACAUAAUAAAUAAGCGUACAGCCUUUAGUACAAUGAAACUUGUUGUUUAUUUCUUUAAAAUGCAGCUAAUGGACAGAGAAAAGACAUUUAUGGUCAUGUAUGAAUAUUUUGCAUUUUUUUCCUUAGGAGAUGACUGAGUGAAAAAUUAUCAAAUUUAUUAUAGUUAUACCUCAAUAGGGUGUGUGGGGAUUGGGGAAACAUUUUAAUUGUUUUAAAUAAACUGAAAUAUGUUAAAUGUAUUUGCAGAGCCCUUUGCAGAGUUUGUCGACCUAUCUUGCCACAAGAUGGCAGCAUUAUAUAUACAUUGUCACAAAAAUGGUCACCAUGCUACCCAUUUAAGGUCCUAAUAUGUACCAUUUAAGUGCAGGUAUGUAUACAUUUGGUACCAGCAUGUACCUCUGAGGUACUAAUAUUAAGUCUUUAGAUGCAAAUGUGUACUUUUUAUAGGGGACAGUUACCAUUUAGCAAAUGGACCAUUUUUCUGACAGUGUAAAUUGUUUUUAAAAAUCAAGCAAUCAAAUAUUUCAUGUCAGAAUAGAAGACAUGCAAAGAAAGCAUUUGUCAUAAUGUUUUUUCAGAUAUUUUGAUCAAAUUGCUUUAAUAGAUAUGCAGUAUGAAUUUAUUCAUAAUAAAAUUGUCUGGUGUUUGGUCCACAGGGGUGUUUUAUUUUUGAAUUUUUAAUUCAAUCAGAUAUGUUAUUAUAAACAAAGGUUAAUCGGCAUGAUUUAAAUUCAUUGUGAUCUAGCAUGUAGCAUCUUUACUUUCACUGUAUUCCCUCCAAAUCAGUUAGCUAUAAAAGUUUUGUGUAAAUAAAGGUCUUACAUGAUGUUUAAGAAAGUUACGAAAGAACUUUAUAUAUACUCUAUAUUUAUACUGUACUCAUCAUGUAGAUGAACACAAUGAAAUUGUGUGAUGAUGGGUUAGGUGAUCCGUCAACAUCUUACUUAAAGGGAUAGUUCACCCAACAAUUAAAGGAGGGGUGCAUGAUUUUUGAAAAACACUUUGGAAAAAGGAGUCGGGCCGAGUACCAAAACACUUGUAGCCAAUCAGCAGUAAGGGGCGUGUCUACUAACCGACAUCGUUGCAUGGGUUGAGUAUGUGUGGGGCGGGUCUAUCAAAAGCAGGUCCAGAUUCUAUUGGGGUUGGGGCAUGUUUGUUUAGUUGAUUUCAAAUAUCAACAUUGGUUAGCAAGGAUCCCGCACCCCAUCUUUAAGAUUCAAAAUUCAAAAUUAUGAUUCAAAGUUUGUCUCAAAAAUGUAAUUCUGUCACAAAGAAAGAUAUUUUGAG